UACUCUGUCUGGAAACCCCAUGCCUCAGCUUUCCCCUACUUGCCUCUGAGCUCAUGCAAUUCUUGGAAGCCUGGGAGACUUACCUUGAAAUUGAAUGCAAAUAGGACAAAGACCAAGGAGGAUGGGGGGAUGCCCUCCUUCCACGGGGCCCUGUGGCUUCCAAGUCUUAAUCUCCUCUAGUCUCUUGUCUACGGAGCCUCCUUCAAACCCAGGGAAAGAAAAGCACCUGCCAGGGUUGUUUUUCUUCUAGGAUCUUCUAUUGAUGCUCUGUGAGGUCCCCCAGGAGCCAUGAAGCUAGGGCUGGCUCCUAGGGCAAUGGGACUCCAGUGUCCUUGUCCUUUCUUAUUCUUUCUGUUCUUUCUUUCUUUCCUUUUUUUUUUUUUUUUUUUUUUUUUUUUGAGACAGAGUCUCACUCUGUUGCCCAGGCUGGAGUGCAGUGGUGUGAUCUUGGCUCACUGAAACCUCCGCCUCCUGGGUUCAAGUGAUUCUCUUGCCUCAGCCUCCUGAGUAGCUAGGAUUACAGGUGCCUGCCAUCAUGCCCAGCUAAUUUUUGUAUUUUUAGUAGAGACAGGGUUUCACCAUGUUGGCCAGCUUGGUCUCGAACUCCUGACCUCAGGUGAUCCUGCUGCAUCGACCUCUCAAAGUACUGGGAUUACAGGCGUGAGCCACCACGCUCAGCCUCUUUCUUGUUCUAUAUGUCCAUGCUCUGCUCCACUUCUGCCCCUUCACUCUGCCCCCACACAUCACUCCAGACUGGCCUUGUGGUCAGAGCCUGGAAUGCCUGGGCUGCUGGGGGCCUGUGGACUGCACUGGGCCAGAACCCCUGCCGCCUUCAAGACUGGCCUGUAGCCAGCAGGUAGGUGACUUUUCCCAGGCCUGCCUAUCCCACCUUUCCCCUCCACUCACACACCUCCCUUGCCUGGGUCAAUUAGAGAAAGCUUGUCGGCCAGGCAUGGUGGCUCAUGCCUGUAAUCUCAGCACUUUGGGAGGCCGAGGCGGGCGGAUCAUCUGAGCUCAGGAGUUUGAGACCAGCCUGGCCAACAUGGCAAAACCCCGUCUCUACUAAAAAUACAAAAAUUAACCGGAUGUGGUGGUGUGCACCUGUAAUCCCAGCUACUCGGGAGGCUGAGGCAGAAGAAUUGCUUGAACCCAGGAGGGGGAGGUUACAGUGAGCGGAGAUCGUGCUACUGCACUGCAGCCUGGGCGAGAGAGCGAGUCUCCAUCUCAUAUAAAAAAAAGAAAAAGAAAGAAAGAAAGCUUGUCUGUUGGCCUGCCCUGCAGGGUGGAGUUCAGAGGGAAGGUCAGGAACCUAGUGACAGCUCAAAAAAAAAAAAAAACCCAAAUACCAAUGUUGGCCCCUUUUGCCUUUCAUUCAUGUGUUUUCUAUACACUAAACUCACAUCUUGGGUUUGCAGAUCACUCCAAGCUUGGCUGGAGCUGUGGUGGUAAGGAGGGUAAUAGAGAAGCUUCCCCACCCUCAACCCCACCCCUUCCUUCCUGGAGUUCCCAGCCCUGACUUUAGAUCCCUCCCACAUUGGACCUUCAAAACCCUCAGGGCAGAGAGCAGCUCUACACUCCCUACACCGCACCCAUACUCAGCCCCUGCAGGCAAGGAGAGAACAGGUCAGGUUCCCGAGAGCUCAGGAACAUGGAGCUGAUCCAGGACACCUCCUGCCCACCACUGGAGUACGUGAAGGGGGUCCCGCUCAUCAAGUACUUUGCAGAGGCACUGGGGCCCCUGCAGAGCUUCCAAGCCCGACCUGAUGACCUGCUCAUCAACACCUACCCCAAGUCUGGCACCACCUGGGUGAGCCAGAUACUGGACAUGAUCUACCAGGGCGGCAACCUAGAGAAGUGUAACCGGGCUCCCAUCUACGUACGGGUGCCCUUCCUUGAGGUCAAUGAUCCAGGGGAACCCUCAGGGCUGGAGACUCUGAAAGACACACCGCCCCCACGGCUCAUCAAGUCACACCUGCCCCUGGCUCUGCUCCCUCAGACUCUGUUGGAUCAGAAGGUCAAGGUGGUCUAUGUUGCCCGAAACCCAAAGGACGUGGCGGUCUCCUACUACCACUUCCACCGUAUGGAAAAGGCGCACCCUGAGCCUGGGACCUGGGACAGCUUCCUGGAAAAGUUCAUGGCUGGAGAAGUGUCCUACGGGUCCUGGUACCAGCACGUGCAGGAGUGGUGGGAGCUGAGCCGCACCCACCCUGUUCUCUACCUCUUCUAUGAAGACAUGAAGGAGAACCCCAAAAGGGAGAUUCAAAAGAUCCUGGAGUUUGUGGGGCGCUCCCUGCCAGAGGAGACCGUGGACUUCAUGGUUCAGCACACGUCGUUCAAGGAGAUGAAGAAGAACCCUAUGACCAACUACACCACCGUCCCCCAGGAUCUUAUGGACCACAGCAUCUCCCCCUUCAUGAGGAAAGGCAUGGCUGGGGACUGGAAGACCACCUUCACCGUGGCGCAGAAUGAGCGCUUCGAUGCGGACUGUGCGGAGAAGAUGGCAGGCUGCAGUCUCAGCUUCCGCUCUGAGCUGUGAGAGGGGCUCCUGGGGUCACUGCAGAGGGAGUGUGCGAAUCUACCCUGACCAAUGGGCUCAAGAAUAAAGUAUGAUUUUUGAGUCAGGCACAGUGGCUCAUGUCUGCAAUCCCAGCGAUUUGGGAGGUUGAGCUGGUAGGAUCACAAUAGGCCACGAAUUUGAGACCAGCCUGGUAAAAUAGUGAGACCUCAUCUCUACAAAGAUGUAAAAAAAUUAGCCACAUGUGCUGGCACUUACCUGUAGUCCCAGCUACUUGGGAAGCAGAGGCUGGAGGAUCAUUUCAGCCCAGGAGGUUGUGGAUACAGUGAGUUAUGACAUGCCCAUUCACUACAGCCUGGAUGACAAGCAAGACCCUCCCUCCAAAGAAAAUAAAGCUCAAUUAAAAUAAAAUA